AUGUCUCUUCUGAGUCAAUUGCCUGCGCCUUCUCAGCGUAUCAUAGAUGCUCAAACCGAAUUGCUUGCAAGUUCAUCACAUGUUGUUGUGCACAAGUCAAGCAUACCCCCUUACGGUCAUCGCAAACAUUGGUUCCCACGCAAUGAAGACGAUUUUGGGGAUGGUGGAGCUUUUCCAGAGAUACAUAUGCCCCAAUAUCCACUCGGGAUGGGGCGUCAGAAGAAUUCAUCUAAUGCUCUUGUGAUGAAAACCGAUAAAGAUGGCAAGGUUCGAUAUGAUGAACUGGUCCGCGGAGGGCAUUCCAAAGACCGAAUUAUCUAUUCCAAGUUUACUGAUCUUCUCCCAAAGCCUAUUGAUGAGGAUGAUGAGGAGCUGCAGAAACCUUCGAAGGAAGCUGUUGAAGAAACGACUGAAAAGACGCGAAAGGCUCUUGAAGCUCUUGUUGAGCAAAAGGUUGCGGCUUCCCUGCCAGUCCGAAAGGCUGAAAGAACGGGUCCUGCUGAGUAUAUUAGUUAUACGCCAGCUCAACAGGGUCCAGCCUUCAAUAGUGGGGCUCAACAACGCCUUGUGCGUAUGGUGGAGGCACAGCGUGACCCUAUGGAACCCCCUAGAUUCAACGUCCUUAGAAUCAAUCAAAAAAUUCCUCGAGGACCGCCAUCACCACCUCCACCGCUUAUGCAUUCACCGUCACGAAAAGUGACCGCGAAAGAACAAGCAGAGUGGAAGAUACCACCAUGCAUUUCCAAUUGGAAGAACCCUAGGGGAUACACGAUUCCUCUUGAUAAACGUGUCGCUGCUGACGGUCGUGGUCUCCAAACCACUCACAUCAACGAAAAUUUUGCCAAAUUGGCGGAAGCUCUUUACACCGCAGAUCGCAAAGCUAGGGAAGCUGUGGAGCUGCGUGCGCAAAUUGAGCGGAAAGUGGCCUCCAAAGUUCGUGAACGCAAAGAGGAGCAGCUUCAAAAAAUUGCUAUGGAGGCGCGUGCCGCCCGUGCUGGUUUGCGACGCGGAUCGAACCCAGAUGAGGAAUCUGAGGUCGCGAGUAGGGAUCAGAUCCGCCGUGAGCGCGCACGUGAUCGUGCUCAUGAUCGCAAUCUUAGUCGGGCAGGUGCAGAGGGCAAGGUACGAACCCAACGUGACAAAGACCGUGAUAUCAGUGAACAGAUUGCUCUGGGAAUGCCAAAUCCGCGACUAAAUGCCUCUUCUGAAUCUAUGUUCGACCAGCGUCUGUUCAAUCAGUCGCGCGGUAUGGAUUCCGGUUUCGCUGGAGGGGAGGAUGAUCUCUACAAUAUCUAUGACAAGCCCUGGCGUCAGGAAUCAAAUUUCGGUACUCACAUCUAUCGGCCUCGUCAGACUGACACUGACACGUAUGGCAACGAUAUGGAGGGUGUUGGCAAACAGAGACAAUUUGUACCAGACCGUGGGUUUGCUGGAGCCGAUAGGAGUCGUCACCUUGAAGGUCCUGUGCAGUUUGAGAGGGGCGGAGAGGAUCCCUUUAACGUCAGCACUUUUCUGUUGGAGGCCAAGAAGGCCGACAAGAGACCCAGCGAUUCUUCGACCACUUCCAAUAGGGACACGACGUAUCGAAAACGUGAACGACGUGAUUAA